AUGCAGCUGGAGCAUUGUCUUUCUCCCUCUAUCAUGCUCUCCAAGAAAUUUCUCAAUGUGAGCAGCAGUUACCCACAUGCAGGCGGAUCUGAGCUUGCCUUGCAUGAUCAUCCCAUUAUCUCGACCACUGACAACCUGGAGAGAAGUUCACCUUUGAAAAAAAUUACCAGGGGGAUGACGAAUCAGUCAGAUACAGACAAUUUUCCUGACUCCAAGGACACACCAGGGGACGUCCAGAGAAAUAAACUCUCUCCCGUCUUGGACGGGGUCUCUGAGCUUCGUCACAGUUUCGAUGGAUCUGCUGCAGAUCGCUAUCUGCUCUCUCAGUCCAGCCAGCCCCAGUCUGCUGCCUCUGCUCCUAGUACCAUGUUCCCUUACCCCAGCCAGCAUGGACCUGCUCACCCAGCUUUCUCCAUCGCCAGCCCCAGCCGCUACAUGGCUCACCAUCCUGUGAUCACCAACGGAGCUUAUAACAGCCUUCUGUCCAACUCUUCUCCACAAGGCUACCCCGCGGCGGGCUACCCUUACCCCCAGCAGUAUGGCCAUUCCUACCAAGGGGCACCUUUCUACCAGUUCUCCUCCACCCAGCCGGGGCUAGUUCCCGGCAAGGCUCAGGUCUACCUGUGCAACAGGCCACUCUGGCUGAAAUUUCACCGGCACCAGACGGAGAUGAUCAUCACGAAGCAGGGGAGGCGCAUGUUCCCUUUCCUAAGUUUUAAUAUUUCUGGUCUCGACCCCACGGCUCACUACAAUAUUUUUGUGGAUGUAAUUUUGGCGGAUCCCAACCACUGGAGAUUUCAGGGAGGCAAAUGGGUUCCUUGCGGCAAGGCGGACACCAAUGUACAAGGAAACCGGGUGUACAUGCACCCCGACUCUCCCAACACGGGAGCCCAUUGGAUGCGCCAGGAAAUCUCCUUUGGGAAACUAAAACUUACAAACAAUAAAGGAGCAUCGAACAACAACGGGCAGAUGGUGGUUUUGCAGUCCCUCCACAAGUACCAGCCCCGCUUGCAUGUGGUGGAGGUGAACGAAGACGGCACAGAGGAUACCAACCAGCCGGGCAGAGUGCAGACCUUCACCUUUCCCGAGACCCAGUUCAUAGCAGUCACCGCCUACCAAAACACUGAUAUCACACAGCUGAAAAUAGAUCACAACCCUUUCGCAAAAGGCUUCCGCGACAAUUAUGACACGAUCUACACGGGUUGCGACAUGGAUCGGCUGACGCCUUCCCCCAACGACUCGCCCCGCUCGCAGAUCGUGCCCGGGGCCCGCUACGCCAUGGCCGGCUCCUUCCUUCAAGACCAGUUUGUGAGUAACUACGCCAAGUCCCGCUUCCACCCCGGGGCAGGAGCCGGCCCGGGGCCCGGCGCCGACCGCAGCGUGCCCCACACCAACGGGCUGCUCUCCCCACAGCAAGCCGAGGACCCGGGGGCCCCCUCGCCGCAACGCUGGUUCGUCGCCCCCGCCAACAACCGCCUCGAUUUCGCCGCUUCCGCCUACGACACGGCUACCGACUUCGCCGGCAACGCUGCCACGCUGCUUUCCUACGCGGCCGCCGGCGUCAAGGCGUUGCCACUGCAGGCGGCAGGCUGCGCCGGGCGGCCGCUGGGCUACUACGCUGACCCCUCGGGCUGGGGGGCCCGCAGCCCUCCGCAGUACUGCAGCAAAUCGGGCUCCGUGCUCUCUUGCUGGCCUAACAGCGCGGCGGCGGCGCGCAUGGCCGCUGGCAACCCCUACCUGGGGGAGGAGGCGGAGAGCCUGGCCCCCGAGCGGUCCCCCUUGCCGGGCGCCGAGGACUCCAAGCCCAAAGAUUUGUCCGAUUCCAGCUGGAUCGAGACGCCGUCGUCCAUUAAGUCCAUCGACUCCACCGAUUCUGGGAUUUACGAGCAGGCUAAAAGGAGGCGGAUCUCUCCCUCGGACACCCCGGUGUCCGAGAGCUCCUCGCCCCUUAAGAGCGAGGUGCUCACUCAGCGGGACUGCGAAAAGACUUGCGCCAAGGACAUCGGCUACUACGGCUUCUAUUCGCACAGCUAG